CUGUUUCCUAAACUCAAACAGGUGUUUGUCAGACUGAGCUUAGACUGCAAACUGUUUCCUCUGCUGAAGAAUGAAGCAUGUUUGAGUGAGAAUGACCAUAUGCUCAGAUCACAGGAAAAUGAGGAAAAGUCUAAUACAGGUGUUUGGAUUCUUGAUUUCUACUUUUGGCUGGCUCUUUGUGAGCUGCACAGUAGCCAUGGACUACUGGAGAGUCUUAUAUGUGGGUGGCAAAGGUGGCAACUGGAUGAUCAAGGCGACGUGGUAUUGGUCAAACCUGUGGAAGGACUGUGUGGUGGACACCUCGUCCAUCACUAACUGCAGAGAAUACGAUGUGCUGUGGGCUGUCACGCCAUAUGUCCAGGGUGUCCGAGGCCUGCUUUUGAUCGCCAUGAGUCUGGGGUUUGUCGCUGCUGUGCUCUGCUUUAUCGGGAUGGACUGCACCUACAUUGGUGGAAGUGAGAAAACCAAAGACAGAGUAUUAUUUUUUGGAGUAGCUUUUCAUUUUGUUGGUGGUGUGUCUGCGCUUGCGGCGUAUUGUUUAUACACAAACAGGGUCGUCAGCGCUGCCUUGUCACCGACUGUUGACAGAAGUAUUAUAAGGUAUGGGUUAGGAACUCCAAUAUUCUUUGGACUGGUUGGAUGUUCCUUUAUAAUUCUUGGAUCUGUUUUAUAUGCUGUGACAAUCAUCUCAACCAGAAAGUUGACUCCAUUUGCAGCAAGAACAGCAGGUGCCCCUUCAUCAUACACCAAGCGGACAGCGAGUAAAACACUGUACACUUCUGCAUACUACGCACCCUCAAGACAAUCGAUACUUCGCAGCCAAUCAAGCAGCUCUCGCAUCUCCAGGUUGUCACAGGCCACUGAAGAGAAAAUAUCUGCCAGAGACACAUUUGUGUGAACUUUACAAACCUUAGAAAUGCUCUGUGACAUUGCAUCCAGUAAAGAAAAUGCUACAGUAAAAUCUGUUCUGCUACAUGGCAAUUCUUUUUUUUUCAAAUGUAAUAAAAA